GGCGGCGGGAGGCUGGCUGCAGAGCGGCUCUGAGUCCAUCCCAGUCUCUCCCAGUCCGCGCCUCUAUCCUGUCUCCGGCCGUCCCGCAGCAUGUACUCCACCAGGAUCGAGGUGCCCCGACGGGGGCGAUCCUUCGACUCCAUGAGCAGCAGCUUCGAGGAGAACCAGCUCAACAACGUGGUGGAGAACCUCUCCUCCCUCUCCGUCCUCAACGAGAUCUACAAGUCAAACUACAGUCGGAAUGAAGACAACAAAGAAAACAAAGACAACUCAUCUGAAAGGAGCAGAACUGCUGUCAUAUUCUCCUUAAAUAAUGAAGUUGGAGGACUUGUCAAAGCCCUGAAACUCUUCCAGGAAAAACAUGUGAACCUUGUGCACAUAGAAUCUCGAAAAUCUAGGAGACGAAAUUCAGAGUUUGAGAUCUUCAUAGCAUGUGACAGUAACAAGGAGCAGCUAGAUGAGAUCUUCCAUCUGUUGAAAUCCCAUGUCAACGUUGUGUCUGUGAACCCAACAGACAAUUUCACUGUGCAAGAAGAUGAUAUGGAAAAUACCCCUUGGUUCCCUAAGAAGAUCUCAGAUCUAGAUAAGUGUGCAAACCGUGUUCUGAUGUAUGGAUCCGAUCUAGAUGCAGACCAUCCGGGUUUCAAAGACAACGUUUAUCGGAAGAGACGGAAGUAUUUUGCAGAUCUAGCUAUGAAUUACAAACAUGGUGACCCAAUUCCAAAAGUUGAAUUCACUGAAGAGGAGAUCAGAACUUGGGGCACUGUAUUCCGAGAGCUCAAUAAGCUCUACCCAACCCAUGCCUGCCGAGAAUAUCUUAAAAACCUACCUUUACUAACCAAACACUGUGGCUACCGAGAAGACAACAUACCCCAACUUGAGGAUGUAUCGCGUUUCCUCAAAGAGCGUACUGGAUUUACAAUCCGCCCGGUUGCUGGAUAUCUGUCUCCCAGAGAUUUCUUGGCAGGCUUAGCAUUCAGAGUAUUUCACUGCACUCAGUAUGUAAGGCACAGCUCGGAUCCUCUUUACACUCCAGAACCUGAUACCUGUCAUGAACUUUUGGGCCACGUUCCUCUUCUGGCUGAACCCAGUUUUGCUCAAUUCUCUCAGGAAAUUGGCAUAGCAUCACUUGGAGCAUCUGAUGAAGCUGUUCAAAAGCUGGCAACUUGCUACUUUUUCACUGUGGAAUUUGGCUUAUGCAAACAAGAAGGCCGGUUGAGAGCCUAUGGAGCCGGUUUGCUUUCUUCUAUCAGUGAACUAAGGCAUGCUUUAUCUGGAAAUGCCAAAUUCAAGCCUUUUGAUCCAAGUGUCACCUGCAAGCAAGAAUGCAUGAUCACUACAUUCCAGGAAGUUUACUUCAUUUCUGAAAGCUUUGAAGAUGCAAAAGAAAAGAUGAGAGAGUUUGCAAAGACCAUUAAACGCCCCUUUGGAGUGAAUUACAACCCAUAUACGCAAAGCAUUCAACUCUUGAGAGAUACAACUGGCAUUGCGAAUGCAGUGAACGAACUACGCCAUGAACUUGACAUCAUCGGUGAUGCCCUCAACAAAAUGGGCAAGCAGCUGGGAAUUUAACUUAUCUUAUGAUCUUUAGCCAGUCUGCACUCAACAAUUAUGGAUUUCGAUCCACUUUAGGUCUGAAAAUAUUCUUUCUGCACUUCAUUUGGAGUGCCACUUCUCAUAAAACCAAAGGAUGAAUGAAAUGGGAACAUCUGCUAGAAGCCUUCAUAUCGAUUUUUAUAUAAGUGUCAUUUUUUUCUUUUUUGGUCCCUCCUCAAUGAUCUACAAACUUAGAUUCCUCUAGAAACAUUGAUAAAGGACGGAUCUUGCAAACUGCAACAGUGGAAAGCUAAUGGUCCAUGUAGUUUAUUAUUCUGGCUAAUAUUGGCUGCUGUUAAGGAACCAGCUCCUACACCAUGUAUUAUACUAUCAUGCAAAAGUCAUACUUCAUCUACAUUUCCUUACUGGUUUCACAUACAUAACUAGAUUUUGAAAUCAAGUGAAUACUUGCAUGUGCAAAUGGGCAAACAUAGAUUAAUAUGCCUAGACAAAACUGUACUGUCUCUUGCUAUCCAAUCAGAUACCAUACUUGUCCAAACAUUGUGUCAUAUUUUAUCAGAAACUGCAUAAACAACUGCAAUCUUUGUUGUCAUCAGCUUUGGGGACAAUGUUAUGCAAGAGCCAUCCUUCAAUUUCAAAAAUCUGAUGUAAUAGAGUCACACACUUGAUACAACUAGAUCUGAAGUAUAAAAACACAUUCAAUCCAGAUUUAAAAUACAGAAAUCUUUCAGUCCUCAUAAAUGAAACUUAUUUAUAAGUUAUCUUCAGACCGAUAUCUGUUGAAUCCCUUAGCACUGGUAUUGUCUGAUCCAUCAAGUGGUGAAAAACUCUGAGAACUCCCCAUAUGUAAUAUGAUGAUAAUGGGAUGGCAAUUCUUAGCUCUUGUUUGGGUUCCCAGUUCCAGCUCAAUGUUUAAAUGGCCAAUGACAAAGCAGUGGUUGGUGCCUUGCCCAGAUUACGUAGGAGCAGCUGAGUCAGAAAUGUUUCCACCAUUUUGAAUUUCCCAUAGUAUUUCAGGUCAAUGAUUCAUAGAGUUUUCUGGAACUGGGAGAAAUUUAAAAUGACACCUGCUCUCUUAACCACUGCUGUCAAAGUAGACCAGUCGACCAAAGUGGGCAACACAUUGCCUUUUAGCAGCUGCUGAGUGCUUCUUGUCUCUUCUAGGAAGUAAACUAUUAUUGAGACAUCAGAAGACAGGUGCCUGUUUUUAAUCUUUGUUUAGAUAUCUCCUUGGAUGUAUAUUUGUAAUUGAUUUGCCUUUUGACAACCCUUAUUUUUUAGGUAACAUACAUUUUUGUCUUGAAAUACACAUCGAAUUAGUUGUUAGAAAUCUUAAGCUUUAAAUAAAGACAGUAAAAACAAAGAGGGAUCAUGAAUCUGACUUCCUUUGCAUUUCUAAAUAAUAGCAUAUGUUGGAAAGAACUGGAUUAUAAUAUGAAUGUAUGUGAUUUAUGGAUUUGGGUUUUUUUAUCCGUAUUAUGCAUGCACUUCAAAAGAAAACAUAAGACCUAGAUACACCUUGACCUGUAGCACUUGGACUUUUUAAAAGAAGUAUUUUUGAGUCAGAUGGCAGUUUUGUACUUGUUUGUGAUCGAUUCAGGGUUUUACUUUUAAGAUGUGUUGUAAGAAUAUUUAACCAUUUAUAUUCACUCUUUUGGAAUAUGUAAACUUCAUAAUCUGUACUAGUUUAGAAUGAUUUAUUGUGGUGCUAGAAUUUUCAAAACUCUAGAGUGUUUGGUCAGUUUUUUCCCAUUUUAAAAACUUGAUGCAAUUUUCAAAUACAAAAUAGAGAAAACGUAACAAGCAAA